UGUGCCACGGAGAGCUACUGUCAGGCUACUAAUUACUACAGUAGUAAUAGUUUGACUUCUAUGUUUCAAAACAUUUCCUGUUCCAGAGCAAAUGUUAUUGAUAUUGGAACUACCAAUGGAAAUACAGGAUAUACAAGCGGAAAUAUGGGUACCACCAAUGGAAAUACUGGCUAUACAAGCAGAAAUGUGGGUACCACCAAUGGAAAUACAGGAUAUACAAGCGGAAAUAUGGGUACCACCAAUGGAAAUACAGGAUAUACAAGCGGAAAUGUGGGUACCACCAAUGGAAAUACAGGAUAUACAAGCGGAAAUAUGGGUACCACCAACGGAAAUACUGGAUAUACAAGCGGAAAUGUGGGUACCACCAAUGGAAAUACAGGAUAUACAAGCGGAAAUGUGGGUACCACCAAUGGAAAUACUAGCUAUACAAGGGGAAAUGCGGGUACCACCAAUGGAAAUACUGGCUAUACAAGCGGCAAUGCGGGUACCAACAAUGGAAAUACUGGCUAUACAAGCGGAAAUGCGGGUACCACCAAUGGAAAUACUGGCUAUACAAGCGGAAAUGCGGGUACCACCAAUGGAAAUACUGGCUAUACAAGCGGAAAUGCGGGUACCACCAAUGGAAAUACUGGUUAUAUAAGCGGCAAUGCGGGUACCACCAAUGGAAAUACUGGCUAUACAAGCGGAAAUGCGGGUACCACCAAUGGAAAUACUGGCUAUACAAGCGGCAAUGCGGGUACCAACAAUGGAAAUACUGGCUAUACAAGCGGAAAUGUGGGUGCCACCAAUGGAAAUACUGGAUAUACAAGCGGAAAUGCGGGUACCACCAAUGGAAAUACUGGAUAUACAAGCGGCAAUGCGAGUACCACCAAUGGAAAUACUGGAUACACAAGCGGAAAUGUGGGUACCAACAAUGGAAAUACUGCAUAUACAAGCGGAAAUGCGGGUACCACCAAUGGAAAUACAGGAUAUACAAGCGGAAAUGUGGGUACCACCAAUGGAAAUACAGGAUAUACAAGCGGAAAUAUGGGUACCACCAACGGAAAUACUGGAUAUACAAGCGGAAAUGUGGGUACCACCAAUGGAAAUACAGGAUAUACAAGCGGAAAUGUGGGUACCACCAAUGGAAAUACUAGCUAUACAAGUGGAAAUGCGGGUACCACCAAUGGAAAUACUGGCUAUACAAGCGGCAAUGCGGGUACCAACAAUGGAAAUACUGGCUAUACAAGCGGAAAUGCGGGUACCACCAAUGGAAAUACUGGCUAUACAAGCGGAAAUGCGGGUACCACCAAUGGAAAUACUGGCUAUACAAGCGGAAAUGCGGGUACCACCAAUGGAAAUACUGGUUAUAUAAGCGGCAAUGCGGGUACCACCAAUGGAAAUACUGGCUAUACAAGCGGAAAUGCGGGUACCACCAAUGGAAAUACUGGCUAUACAAGCGGCAAUGCGGGUACCAACAAUGGAAAUACUGGCUAUACAAGCGGAAAUGUGGGUGCCACCAAUGGAAAUACUGGAUAUACAAGCGGAAAUGCGGGUACCACCAAUGGAAAUACUGGAUAUACAAGCGGCAAUGCGAGUACCACCAAUGGAAAUACUGGAUACACAAGCGGAAAUGUGGGUACCAACAAUGGAAAUACUGCAUAUACAAGCGGAAAUGCGGGUACCACCAAUGGAAAUACUGGAUAUACAAGCGGCAAUGCAGCAACCACCAAUGGAAAUACUGGAUAUGCAAGCGCCAAUGCGGGUACCACCAAUGGAAAUACUGGAUAUACAAGCAGCAAUGCGGGUACCACCAAUAGAAAUACUGGAUAUACAAGCAGUAAUGCGGGUACCACCAAUGGUAAUACAGGAUAUACAAGCAGCAAUGCGGGUACCACCAAUGGUAAUACAGGAUAUACAAGCGGCAAUGCAAAUGACGCCAAAGGAAAUACUGGAUAUUAUAGUGAAAAUACUGGAACUUCAGUGAAAUGCCCUGGUUACCAAAGCUUAUUUUUAUGUGUGGCAGGGGUUAUUCAUGGAAUGAUAAAAAUCUUGUUUUAAAUGCAGUGUAUAUAAAUACAGAACCUUGAUAAAGCCAGAAAAUGAAAUAUAAUGUAGGUUAAACAGGAGUGUGCAUGUUUUACAUGUUAUUACUGUAUAUUCGUGUAACCCUAUUUUGGCUACGGUUGUACUUUUA